AUGUUUCUUUCAUAUUUAUGCCAAUUUCGUCCUGCAGAGAAAGUUCUAGCUAGCAUCACAAAGCCCCCUCUCACACCACUGGUUCAGCCAUCGUCAGGUGAACCGACAGGGGCAGCGCUGUCUGCUUCUGCAUCUGAUGCUACCAAAUCCUUGAAACCACCUUCCGUACCUACUUCGUAUGUCCCACCUGCGUAUCGGUCCAUGAGCAUGAACACAUCUUCAUCUCAGUCUGGCGUGAAAAAGAAGCGAUAUAUUCGCAUCGCUGCAGGAGUGACUUGGGAGGACCCAACACUAUCUGAAUGGGAUCCAAGUUAG